AUGAUUACUUGGUGGUUGAAUCGUGGCCAGAAGGCAGUAAAGCUUCUCUCAAGGUUAAAGAGCCAGAGUACACCGGCGGCUCCGACGAAAGCCGAGGACGAUUAUAUUGUUCCGACGACACAGCAAGCAGUCCUUCUGUACGGCGUCAACCAGCCUUACCAGUUGGUUGAAGAUCACCCUGUGCCAGCGGAUUUGCAGAACGAUGAGGUUCUCAUAGGAAACAGAGCCGUGGGCUUGAACCCAAUUGACUGGAGAGGACCAGACUUCGGUUUUGGCAUACCUGAGCUUCCGCAGGUCGCGGGCAGAGAGCUCAGUGGACUCCUCGUCCGGAUUGCAGAUGACCGUUCUGGCUGGGCAAAAGGCGACCGAGUGAUUGCCAUCUCAACAGACUACCGCGACAGUCGCAAGGGCGCUUAUCAAGACCACGUUGUGGCCAAGAGCUACAAUAUUGUGCGGCUCCCUGGCCAUGUCCCAUUCGAGCAAGGAUCAACUAUCGGCGUCGCCUUUGUCACGGCAGCAGUUGCACUCGGCAUUUGUCUCGGUGUAGACUUCACGGUUGUAGACAACGGUCCGGAUGUGCGGCAAGUCGUGGACGGCUUGAACGUUGAAUCUCUUCCUAAAGAUGUCCACAAGGAGAUUGUCCAGCAGAUUCCAUCGCAAGAUCGCCCAGAGGCCGGAGACUGGUUCAUUAUCUGGGGAGGCUCGUCGACAUCAGCAAUACUCAGCGCCCAAUUGGCAAAGCUCGCCGGGCUAAGGGUCGCAGUUGUGCUUGACUCAGCAAAGCACGGCUCGAGGCUGUAUAAAGAGCACUCCAUCAAACCAGAUCUUGUGAUCGACAGUCAUGAUCCCCAGAGAGCUAUUGAGAUCAUUCGGUCCUGCACGAGAGGCAGAAAGAGGUUCGGACUGGAUACGAGAGGCAAAGAGACAACGACCUUCCUGAUCGAUGCCCUCUGCGACACUCCAAGCAUCCCAGAGCCUCAGAGACCUGACGACAGCACGUCUGACGGUAGUGAGAGCUUGCUGCCACGGCAUGUUCACAUUGUCGCUCUGUGCUCGGCUCCGAAGAUCCAGCGCAGUGAUCUCACACUGCACACGAUCCCGAUCAAACUCUUCCAUGAAAGCUCGGAAGUAGGUAAGGCAUUAACAACGUGGCUUGGAAGGCUACUCCAGAACAACACUAUUGCGUAUCCAACGAUCGCCGGCGUUGGCGAUGGCUUGUCGAGCAUCAACGCCAGCCUGGACAAAAUGAGGAGAGGCGAGAUCAGCGGUGGUAAGAUGGUUGUAAAGAUAUAG